GUAUCAAUUUGCCCACCGGCAGGAUGAUGCGCAUUUCGGCCGCAAAGCAGCACAAAAUUAAAAUCAAAUUUUAGGGCAAACAGCGGCGAGGGACUAGCAACUCACAGUUCGAAAUUAAAAAGUCACAUUUCAAACCCGCGGCCACUUCCCUCUAUUUGCAAACGCCGCCAUCUCUUGGAUACAAACUGAAUCUGGAAUUGCAGUUGUCCCAUUGGCAAAUCGGUGUAGCAUGUCAAGUGGACGAAGCGCCCGCCUCCCCGCCACGCCCACCCAGACCGCCAACAACAAACAUAGGGCAGCAGCAGCCGCAGCAGCAGUAGCAGCAGCAGCAGCAGUUGCCGCCGGAGAGCCCAACAGCAACAGCAUGUUGCAGUACGGCGGCAGCAACACGAGUGCCACAGUGCCGACCACAGCGAGCACCGCAUCUGCAGCAUCUGGCCUGGGAAUGGGCGUAACCGGGGGCGGCAUGGGCGGCGGCAUGAACCUGGCCAUGGGAAUGGGCAUGGUCGGCGGCAUGGGUGGCAUGGGAAUGGGUGGCGGGAUGGCACCGUACAAUCUGCACGGCUCCACCAUGGGCAGCAGUUGCGAGUCGGCGAGCGUGGAGCGCAUUCCGGUGGACACCAUCGAUGCACUGGGUCCGGAACUGGCGGUGGCCACAUCACAGGUCCUCGAGAAUCUAUCCGAGAACGAGCGCAAAAUGAUCAUCGAGGUGCUCAACAGGGACGAGUCGGUGAGGCAGAGAGAUGCCACGAGAAUGAUGCUCUUGCGCGCCGAAUUGUAUGCAUUGAGGCGCAAGGGUGCGGCCAAGGUCGUUGGUGGAGUGCAGCCACUCGAUGCCACACAACAACCACAUCAACAACAGACAACCAUGCAGCCCAGUCAACAACAACAACAACAACAGCUCGAACAACACAACAACCACAACGCACACACGAGCGACCCGAGUCGCCACUGCGCCCGCUGCACCACCGAACUGGGUCGCAUCACCAACCGUGGCGCCCCCUGUCGCGUCUGCAAGUUGCGCGUGUGCAAAGCCUGUCGCGAAUUCACAUCGCGCACCACGGACUGGGUGUGCGUGGUGUGCCACAAGCAAAUGGAGAUACAGUCGGCCAGCGGCGAGUGGCUGAAGGACGCCUAUGCCCUGGGAUCCUGCAGUGCCGUCGACCAUCUGACCACCAGCGACGUCUUGAGGAAGAGCAUCCGGCGUUCUUGGACCAUAUCGAAUCCCGAAGACGAUCCAAACAAUCCCAACUCACAACAGCCGGUGGCGGACAACCUAUAUCCGCAGCAGCAGCAUUUGAUUGAGGCCCAAUCCGCGGGCAGCUAUCCCACCCUGCACCAGCACCACCAGCAGCAUCACCUGCCCCCGCAGCCGCGACCCACGCACGGCAUCAAUUACGGAAGUGGCACUGCCACGCCCACAACCAGCAGCAAGUGGCAGCUGGGACGGAGGGUCCUGCGUCAGUCGACGCUUCCGAGUAGCCUGAACAACGACCCGGCUCUCAGCGGCAGUGGUGGCAAUCUGGCCAACUACAAUUCCGUGAAUCUAACGGCGCCCACAUCGCCGCAUCAGCUGCAGAAGAGUCCGCUCUAUCCGAGCGCCUAUAACAGCGACGACGUCAUCCACAUGAACACCAUGCCCGGAAUGGGAGUGGGAGUUGGUGUGACGGUGGGUGACUGCGACAACUACGUACAGCAGCAGCAGCCGCAGCAACAGCAGCCCCAACUGGAGGUUACACCCACGCAUCAUCGGCUCCAGGUGCGCCGCCAAUCCACGCUGCCAGCUCAACCAACUCCGGCUAUAUAUAUGUCCACUUCACCGAACCGGCUCUACAGUCGCUCCCCGGAAAGAUCGCCGGGUGAGCAGCAGCGCUAUCCGCCCUUCAUGAGGCAGACCUCAUUCCCAGAACCACCCAGCACUUAUCAUCGCACCAAGUUACUGCCUAGCACGGGAGCACCUCCGCCGACAGUGGCUCCACCACCACUGAAUUACGAAUCACAAGCGUCCAGUUUGGCCAGCGACGAGCAGGAUGUGGGACCCAUGCCCAAGCCCAGAAUGACACGACAGGCAACUCUACCAAAUCCCGACCAGCAUGUCAAGCUACUGCCCACAUCUCCGCCAAAGCGACAGACUUCCCCGCAAUUCCGACGUUCUCCGGAAUUCAUGCGUCAGCAAACUCUGCCAAAUCCGGAAGCGUUUAGCAGUGGAAACACACUCACCGUGCACUCUACUCCUCCUGCAAAAUUCAUGCCCAUUUCGCCGAGGGCCAAACAGAAUUUCCUCUUCCCGAGUGUUCCGAAUCCCCGGCAAUUUCUCUCGCAGCCACAUGUGCCCGCCGUGGGAGGCACCGAAUUGGGAAGCGGAGGCAGUGUGGCCAGCACCGGGGGCGUCGGCGGAGGUGAGCAGUACUCCAGUAGUCAGAGUGUGAACAUCCAUCACUCCCGUGAUCCGCAUUCCAAGAUGAUCAAGGUGCGCAGCCACAGCAACGAGGAGUACUCGAAUACCAAGGGACACCCGGAGAACAGAAGAUUGCUGCCGGAGAUCCCAACGGCGGUGCAGCGGCCUGGUGGUCGAUCACCCAGUCGCCUGGUGCGCCAGGAUUGCCUGAAGGAGGAAAGAACUUUCGGGGAGGCCAAGCAGCAGUUCCAUCAGUUCCCCGAUGUCACUGAAGAGCUGGAUAAUCGUCCGGAAUACGUGGAUUACUUUGGCGACAGUGCCACCAGUUUCUUGGAGUCCGACGAGGUGCAGUACGAGCGAAACUAUAAUGCCGGAUUUAGCAGCGAGCCGCGUAUCAUCUACAACAAUGGUUCGGAUGAUGGAAGCUACCAGAACUCCUCCCAAAGACCGAUAUACAGUGCCGAGAAUGUCCUGGCUGAUUCGGGUUACGGGGGAGGAGCCGGAGUGGGACUGGGUGCCAGUGGCGGUUCAGGUGGUGUGCCCGGCUAUUAUCCCGACAUGGGCACUCCACAGGGCUUCUAUGGCGGAGCAGCAUUACCCCGUACUCCUCUGAUGCACAAUCGCAUCAGGCGCCGACAAUCCAGGGAACUGCAGAUGCAGCAGGAGGAACUGGCCCAACUCUCACAGGUCUCGGAUGCCAAUGGCAAAGGUUCAAGCAAUGAAGGUGCAACCAGCAGUGGAAGUGCCACCGAUAGCCAUGUUGCCGAGAGAAGAAAACCGGAGCAGAUGCGCUCUGUUUCCGAGGACUCUGGAGCGAAGACCACACCCAAGCCAGUCACACGAAGAUCCUUCUCGCAUCCCGAAAAGGACACUCAGCCCACAAAGAAAACGGAAAUAUCGAAAAUACCCAGCCCUCGUCCUCUGGCGGAUAUCCUGGAUAAAACGCGUGGCAACUCGAAGAUUCCGCAGGCGAGGCGCCGCAACAGCCGCACAGGAAUCGGCGAAGCUGAGGAGGGUAGCACGCCCCAGCACAUUUACUCCUUCCAUCAACAGCUUAUGCAUAGAAACUCUGAUUUAGCCAUGCGCCUGAAAAAAACAGAAAUUCCUGUCGCCUCAGUAGCAUCCGCAGGGCAUGAGGAGGAGAAGCCCACCGGGGAAUCCGGCCAAGGAUCUGGAGCGGAGCAGCCGGUCAAUGGCAAGUCCCUCGAGUCCUCGGCCAACAAGGAGGGCGGCGAUCCCAACAGCUCGGCGGAGGCCACCCACACCAGCACUUUGGGCGAACAGGAGCUGCAGAAUGCAGUGGAGGCCGCGGCGGUUGUCUUCAAGAAGGUCGUGCUGCAGCGUCGCAAGGAGAAGGAGAAGGCCGCCGAAGAAGGCACAGGGCAGCAGCUGUCCGUGGUUUCCGUUGAUAUCGGUGGAUGUGGAGGUGGGGGCGAUGCCAUGGAAACCUCGUCGUCAUCGGAGCUAGACUUCAGGUGUUCCACUCAGCACGGACGACAGCAGCAGCAGUCGCAGUAUAGCGUUGAAGCGGACGAGUUCAAGCUCGUCUUUCUCAACUCGGAUUCAUCGUCGUCCUGUCACGGCGAAGAGGAGGAAGAGGAGGAGAGGGACGGGGAGGAGGAUGACACGGAUUCGUCCUGCUCCACGCACCACUGUCACAGCAUUGUGAGCAAUGUGGAGGAUUGCGACUGGGAUUACUUUGAGCCCUCCAUGAUCUCCACCACCACGACCACGACAACUACCAUGAUUGCCUAUACCGCGGCCCGAGCCACGCCCACUCCACCGCCGCGUGUGAGGCGUCAGUCGAGCGAUAGCGAUUCUCCCCAGGUGCAAAGGCGACCCCAGCAGCCCAGGAGUAGCUAUUGUCCCAGGAUCAGGGAGAGUGACACCGGCACCGACGAGGAGUUUGUGCUGAACACCGAAAGCAGUUCGCAGACCAGCUCCGAUCAAACACCACCACCCGUGCCACCACCGCCACAUCCGCUGAGCAUGAAGACCCGGAUUAAGACGCGAUUCCUAAAGAAUCAUCACCACCACAGUCACAACCGAUGCAACUGCAAUCCCGGCCAGCAGCAACAGCAACCGCAAUACGUGCCCAUUCCUGUGCCGGUGCCCAUACCAGUGCCCAUGGCGGCCUAUCCCAACUGGCCAGAGAUGUCGACCAAUCCACUCCUGGAACAGGACGAGCAGCUAGCCGCCAGUCUACAGCAGCUAUGGAAGGCGGCUGGUCACCAGCAGCAAUUUGCCGCCAUAGUGGCCGCCUAUUCGCAGCAAUUUGCGGCGGCCAGUGGCAACAUGUUCGAUGCAACGCCGCCGGUGACCAGCAAGAGCUACCAACAACUGCCCACCACUCCGCCGCCGAUGCCGCAGCGCUUGCGCGGACUGGAUGGCUUCAAGUCCUCGGCACCGGAGCUGAGUGCCUCGCUGGGAUCACUGAUGACGCAGUCCCUCUGCUCCACCAUAUCCUCCUCGUCGUCGUCGAGCACCUCGGGCUAUGGGACGACGGGUAGGAGCCUGGAAACGCUGGCCAGUCCAAUGCGAGCUGCCAACUCGAUGCAGCAGCAGCAGCAACAAUACCAAGAGCAACAUCAACAAAUGGCCAGCAGUGCUUUCAAGCCAAAGCCAACAAGUUUAGUAGCUUCGCGUUCGCCGACGGGUGAGCAACCAGAAACGAGCAACGCGCGUCGCGGCAGCAGCAACAGUGAGAGCGACGACAACGCCAACAGCAACAGCAACAGCAACAACGCAACGCCCACAACGGGUAGAUUGUGUAAUGUUUAUGAUAAAACCGGCACAUUGCCAGUGCCUCAGUGCGUCCAGGCACAUGUUGCCAGUGUAGAUAAGAGUGCCGCGACAGCAGCAAUAUCAACAAAAACAGAGACAGCAGCAGCAGCAACACAAGCGACAUCCACAAAGGGAACCGCUCUGAGAGUGGCCAGCAAAUACCAGAGCCGAAAUCUAUGCGAAACCCAGUCAGCGGCAACAACACAAACCUACCUGGCCAGUAAAAACAGCCACGAAGAAGUGGAAGCAGCAGACGAAACGAAUAUACAUAAAAAUCAAGUACCAGCAGCAGCAGCAACAGCACAAAUACAAACAGCAACUAGAGCUGCGGCUCCUGCGGUAAUAACUCGUUUCGGCGGACUUGCAGUCGAAAAUGCUGUUGGAAAUGUGGCUGAAAGUGCCAGUGCCAUUCCCAUUCCCAAGCCCAAACCCAGAGCCCAGCACCCAGAGCAAAUAGAUCGCCAGCUAGCGACGGCGGAGACUGCCAAGAAUUUGUCCUCCAAUCGACUUAUAGAGAACAUCAAGAUGUCCGAUGAGGCAUCACCAUCGACGGCGGCUCAUCUGCAGAGCGAGAGCUAUGCGGCCAGUAGUCCAGAUGAGGCCAGCAGCAACAGCAGCCAGGAUGGAGAUCAGGAUAGGGAUCGAGAAGUUGAGGAAGGGGAGCAGGCGGAGCAAAAGCCGCGUAGGACCACGCAACGAAGCUACAAUGUAUCGGGAAUGAUGGAGGAGCAGCAACUAAGAGAGGUGGAUGCAGUGGAGCAACGCCACCACAGCACCACCAGCGAAUCGAGCUCCAGCAGCAGCUCAAACUCCAGCUCCAGCUCGGAAUCGUGUGACUCUGAUGAUACGGGAACUGUGCGCGAUCGCAGGCCCAAGAGGAGGAGGUUCAACAAGGUGUUCGUCGUGAAUCGACAGCCCGGCGGCCGGGUGAGACGCAGUUCCUCCACCGAGGGUGAUUCUCUGUCUUCCUCGGAGGCUAAUUUGGAGGAUUCCUCCGACAAUGAUACAGACACCGAGCGCACCGAUUGUGGCAUUGUGCUCAACUACGUGAAACCCCUCGAGGAGGAGGCCAAGAAGACGGAGGAGGCGCCGCCAGCUGCACGUGAUUGCCAAUCAAGUGACGAAGACAACAUUAACGAUGAUAAUGAUGAUGAAAGUGAACGCCGUGUUGCCAACUCAAGCGAUGAGCUGGCCAACUGCAUUGUAGUGGUGGGCGGACAGACGGAUGACGCCGACGCCGGCGUGGUGCUGCACCACAUGCGAUCGCUGCCAGACGUCGAGUUCGAUGGCGAGCAAUCAGAGCGCCGCCAAUCGCAAGCGAUAGACGCCAGCGAUGCCCUGGCCGCCUGCGAUGAGCUGCACAGCAUCUCGAACGAUGUCAAUCGAUUGCUGGCGCUGCACAAGCAAAACUCCCAGCUGGAGUUGAAGCUCCAACGCUUGCGCCAGGGAGUGGCCGAAAUCAAUGAGGAUCUGCAGCUCUCCACCACUACGGGCACUGAUGUGGCUGCCACCCACUGCACAACGCAGCCAGGUAGUGCCGGGAAACCCGACGAAUGCAACAGCCCUUCUUCUCGGAAAAGCCCCUCGACCGUGCUAAGUUCUAAUGACGUUCGUCCGCUGGGUCUCACCUGCUUACGGCAGGUAGAAGCAAUGGUAGAGGUAGAAGCAAACAGUGCUGAUGGCAAACUGCGGGAUGAGCGGAAUGGCCGAACAGCUGAGCAAACCGAGGAGAGGGUCGUCACAUGCAGCCAAGCAUGCAAAAUAAACGACAACAGUGACUACUCGCUGGAUUCACUCUCGGCAACUUCGGCGAGUUUGUUGGCACCUGAGCACCAGCAGCAACAGCAGCAGCAGCCGCUCCAGCAGGUAGAAGAGAGCGCUCGCCUACCUGUCGCCGCUCGCGAGCAACGAUAUCGCCGUGGAGCGAAAUCGGAGUCGGCGGAGUCGCCAGUCGAAAAUGAAAUGUUAAACGUUGCGGUCGCUUCACGUGCCGUGCUCCUCGGGGGCAAUAACAACAACACACACAGAAACGAUAAUAGCAAUAACGAAAACACUAACAACAACGACGGCGAACUUGGCCAUAAUAAUAAUGACGCUUUCGCAGCACAAAAGACGAGAAAUAGCGGCUCGAGUGUGGUUGUCGGCUGCGAUAUUAGUGACGUAGUGAGUGUGAAUUCAAAUGUGAGUGGUGAAAACGAGUGUGACUUCGACAAAAUAUUUGGUAGUCAUCAGCAAAACACUUCAAGUGCAGCAGCAUCAGUUGCAGCAACAGCAGCAGCAACAUCUGACACACCUGCAACAUUGUCAAGCGAACUGGCUUCGCCCAAAAAUUCACUUUCAGCCAAGUAUCGCAGUUUGGUCAUGAUCAACAAAGACAAUGAAAGUGCAGCUGGCGAUUACGAAAUGGCAAACAGCAGCAGCAGCAACAGCAGCAACUUCAGCAACAGCAGACACAAAGACCCGACCAGCAGCAACAACAGCCACACUGUUGGCCAGAACUUUGCGAGUGACUCAUUUCGCGCCAUGGAACCAACGGAACUCGUGAGCAGCGAUCGCGAAGCGUACAGUGUGGACUCGCUAAACGAACCGCCUGCUGUGCCGGAACUCAGCGUGGAGGACGGUUUGGCGGAUGACGACUCCUGGGUGGAGGAACUGAGUCAGCGCGGCGAGGAUGAGGACGAAGAUCUCAGCAAUGCUACCACCACACCCACGGCCACAGACUCCGAAGAUGCGGAGGGGGAAGGUGAAGGAGCCCGGCGACAUGGCUAUAUGGAUCGAGAGGAGGAGCUGAGGGGAUACAACAGAUCUGCCAUUGACUUCACCCUGCACACCAUCGUCGAGGAGAGUUGCGAGGAGAGCGAGGUGGCCUCCAUGCGGGCGGACAAUGAAGACGCCGAGCUGGAGGAUGAGGAUCUAGCCGAACGGAGAAGGCAGCGCACCUUGCAGCACCACCAUCGAUUAAGUGCCUCGGAACUGGAGAAGUACUUCUUCUUUGGCCUGGGAGAUGGUCGAGUAAUGAGUUCCAUUGAUACACGCGGAGAUGACACUGCAUCCGAAGUGAGUUCCGAGUGCUCAGAGAGUCUUGACUCCCUACCGCACGAGGAUCAGCUGUUGGAUACAAGUGGAGCUUCCGAUCUGGCCUCUUCCCGCCUGGAAAAGUACUUCCUCUCCGGAUUCAUGGGAUUCAGUGGUGCAGAAAAGCAGGCGGAGAGCGAUGAAAGUGGUGGCAGUGUAGGCAGUGAUAGUGAAGGACAACCCAGUCCCAGUCAGCGCAGAAAGCGACUGGUAAGAGCCAGGGGAACACCUAGAAGUCACAACUCCUCGUUGGAUAAUUUGCUCUUGCCAGAAUCAGACACACUGGAUGCCACAGUUGCGUCUGCGAGCGGAGCAGCUGCAGCCACUGUAGAGGACACCUCGGAAUCGGAGGCGGGCUGUGACGACACUGUGAUUCAUUUGGCCAAUGCCGGAGCUUCGGAUGGUUCCUCCUCGGACACCAUUAAGCGCAAGAAGCAACUGCGCAAGCGUCACGACUCUCUGGACGAGAAGAAGCUCCACGAUCUAGAGCCUUCCGAGUGCCGGACUCCCACUCCGGGCAGCAGUGGUCAAGUACAGAUGCAGUCGCAGGCGAAAAAGCAACAACAGCAGCAUCACCACAGCCGGGACAGUGGCUUUGUGGGCAGCAACGAUGAUCUCCUGAAGGCGGCACCAGAUUGUGAGCCACCCAAGAGCCCAACGCCAGCUCUGGAGCAGAUAAGUGAGGAUCGGGAACCGGUCCACAGUCAGAUUAGUCUGGCCAGGAUGGAUCAACCCAGCACCUCAGCAGCUGCAGCGGUAGCCAGCACACUUCCCAACCAACUGAAAAAUCUUGCCCUGCCCAAUCUGGUGCGAAAGGAUAGCUUCAACAACUGGAGCUCCGACGAGGAGACCAACCUGAUGAUGAGCAAGAUGCGGCAGUUCUUUAAGAACCUCAUUGUGGCCACCGCCAAUGCACAGCAGAGCAAGCCCACCACGCCCAAUCAAGGCCCCAGCACCACCAAUGUCAACACCACACCCAGUUCCCAGCGCAGACUGGCCAAAUCCCGGCCAGCUCAGUUGGCCUACUUUGAGAACGAGCUGACCCGACUGAUGAAAACCGUGCCGGGCAUUAAUGAUGAGCAGGUGCGCGAAAUAGUGGAGUACCUGAGCAGUGAAGAUACGUGGUCUGAUUCCUACGAUUCUUCGGACUACACGAGUUCCGAUCUGGAGGGCGGUGAAAGGAAGGGCCAACUGAAGGCCCAGAUCUCCGCCAGCUGUCAGCAGAUCAUCAACAAGUUUGAAAUUGACGAGGAGGGUGAUCGAGGUGAUGGUGGACUGCUGGACGAGAGCCAAAGUGUGCCUAUGGAAGCAUUGGUUUAUCAGAAAUUGGUGGCUUCCUUUAGUAAAGUGGCGGCGGGUGGAGAACCGGAAGCAGAAGCCACAAAAGCGGUGGAGGAAGCAGAGCCGUCCACGGAAAGAUCCCCGCAACUGUUUGCCAAGGUGAUGCAGCAUAUUGGCACCAGACUGGUAGCUCUGAUGCACGAAGUGAGCAGUGGCAAUGAAACACCCACUCCAUCGCCGCAAGGACAGCGUCAUCAUCGAAGACUGCAGGCCAAGAUCUCGGCCACCACGACGGAGGAUGAGGAAGAUGAGGUGGCGGAGCAACUGAGAGCCAUGCCCAUCAAACAGCUAAAGCUGCGAAGCAAAUCCCACGAUCUACUGCUGGACGGCACCACGCCGCACUCGCAGCACCUGCACCACCAGGCCACGGUGCAUUAUCCAGCCGGCGGAGUGGGAUCGGGAGCGGGAGGAUCCGGCGGACCCGGACACUCGGACAACGCCGGGGAGGAGUGCGGCGUGACCAGCGACUACGAGCGAUUCUCGUGGCGCGGCAGUUUUGAGUCGGCAUUACUGGCUAAUGGCGACAGCAGAACGAGGCUCAGCCAGCUGAGCCAACUGGACAGGGAUAACUCGUCGUCUGCGUCCGCUUUGGCUGUUGCAAAGCGCCGAUCGGCAGGCGACCUUCUCUUCAGCCAACACCAGCAGAGCCUGAGCCGCGAGCAAUUGGAUCGCGUUCGAUCCUGCGGCAGCAUUGGAGGCGGCGAUGCCCAUCAUCACCAAUUGGAGUCCUCGCCGGCCAAGCCGUGGCUCUCCUCCGCGGGAUCCUCGAUUGGCGGUGAUUCUACGAAGGAUGUGCGGCGUUCCAGUGUACCGGAUGCCAUCUACGAGACGGACUCCAGCGAUGAGGCAGCCUCGCAUCAGUUUGGCGGCGCCAGAUCCACGUUGCCGCGCAGUCUGAAUCCCAACCAGGUGGUGGCUAGCACGAAUUCAUUACCCCGCUUACCCACCACGGGUGUUGGUGCUCCCAUAACCAGCACCCCCAAGACAAAGUCUCAAAGCGCCCUUAACCACACGCCCUCGAAUUUGUCCACCGUUUCGGCCACUGGCAGUGCCAAGAGUGCGAGAUACCGCUCGCCAGGAUUGGCAGCUCGAGCAGCGGCCGUCAGUGGGGCAGGAGGUGGCUCAAGUGGUGGUGGUGGUGUGGGUGCCAGCAGUGGUUCGACGGGGAAAAAACUAGGCGCGGGCUUCCAGUUCCUCUACUCCAAACGCGAUGCGCGCAAACGUCUCAACAUGUCAGCUGAGGAAGCCAAAGUGGCCGCCGAGGAACUGUCACGAUCGCCGGUAAUUGGACAACGGCAGGCAGAUGGAUCGGGCAGUCCCAUUCAGUCGCGUGCCUCCAGCGAAACGUGGCCCACUCAGUCGGAUGAGGACAUCGAUCGCCUGGUGGCCAUGCAUCAGAACCGCAGCAGUCUCAGCUCGCUGGGGGUUCGAUCGGAAUCUAUGGCCAGCGUUUAUUCGGGCGCCGGAGAAGGUCGCUAUGGCACCGUGGUGGUCAAGGGUCAAGUGGAGUUCGCCAUGCAGUACAACUACAAGCUGAGUGCUUUGGAAGUGCACGUGGUGCGCUGCAAGGACUUGGCUGCCGUCGAUGCCAAACGCAAUCGCAGUGAUCCCUAUGUGAAGGUGUAUCUACUGCCCGACAAAUCGAAGGCUGGCAAGCGCAAAACCAAAGUCAAGAAGCACACGCUGAAUCCCAUCUUCGACGAGACGAUGCGCUUCCACACACCCAUUUCCAGCUUGGAGUCACGAACAUUGUGGCUCACCGUCUGGCACUCGGAUAUGUUUGGGCGUAACGACUUCCUGGGCGAAGUCAGUGUCAAUUUGCAGGGGCGGCUCUUCGACAAUCCCCAGUCGCAGUGGUACCUCCUCCAAGAACGCAGCGAACCCUUCGACGAGGUGGCUACCUAUCGAGGUGACAUCGUAGUGGGCCUGAAGUACAUUCCCCCAGGGAACAUAAAAUCAUCGUUCUUUUCGCGCGGUUCCUCGAUAACAGGGAGCUCCUCCAACUUGCGCAAAUUUGGAGGCAGCAUCAAGUCGGUGGCCUCCAAAUCGGAUCGCACUUCAAAGGGCGGCCAGUUGCAUGUGCUGGUCAAGGAGGCCAAGCAUCUGAGUCCCAUCAAGGCGAACGGCACCUGUGACGCCUUCUGCAAGAGUUAUUUGUUGCCCGAUCGAACGAGGAGCUCCAAGCAAAAGACGCCGGUGGUGAAGCGCACCCUGCAUCCCAGCUGGAACUACACAUUUGUUUACGAGGACGUCUCCCUGGAGGAAUUGUCAGAACGCGCCUUGGAGCUAACCGUCUGGGAUCACGAUCGUUUGGCCAGCAAUGAGUUUGUUGGCGGCAUACGAUUCUCGUUGGGAACCGGUCGCAGUUAUGGCCGGCAGGUGGAAUGGAUGGACGCCACUGGAAAGGAGCUCUCCCUGUGGCAGAACAUGUUGGAUCGUCCGAACUUCUGGGUGGAGGGCAGCUUGGUGCUGCGUUCCAGUUUGGAUGGCAUUCGAGCCAAUUUGCCAUAGGCCAAGUUAGUUUAGGACCAGGACAAACCACAAAAUCGCAGUUAGAAUUGCCAAUGGCAUCCUGCAUUGCAUUGUAUUGUAUUAAUUAUGCGAUAAUUAUCAAUUAACGAUCACGUCGACUCUGAAAAGCAUUACUAGCGGUAUAAGACAAGAAACGAUUGUAACCUUCACAAUUUAGAGUUAAGAGUGUGGAAUGAUGAAUACUGUAUUUCUGAAUACUCGAAUACGUCGGAAAAUGACGCGAUGACGCUGCAAGUACCGCAGAAACGGAAAAGCAAAAAACAAAGUAAUCAAGGCAAGCGAAACUAAGCAAAAAACCUUAUCAAGUUUAUGGCACUAAUUGUAAGCGCAAUUCUCAGCUAUUCGAUGCAGAUAAAAGUUAAAAAAAAAAACUGUAAAGCGAAACGAUGCGGUCCCAAGGUUGGACCGUCUAUACAUUAAGACAGUUUGUAUGUGUGUGUUUUUUUCCACCUCUCCCCUCUGAGAGGCAAUCGCAAUUGGCAUACUAUAUGCGCUAAACUACGAUAUAACUACAGAUAAACACUACAGUUAAAACCUAGUUAAACCGAGGCAUAAGCUUACUAUGUAUAACUAUCCAUAAUACCCGAGAAAUACAAAUAACAUUUUUGUAAAUUCAA